GUAACUGCUCUUGAUACAUUUCAAUUCGAGUCCCUACCAAAUCGAAGAUGGUACAGUAGACCCCAGCGCUCAGUCCGCUGCGCGUUCCAGUUUCCAGCGACCAUGCAUGUGUGAUGUCACUGCCGCGGGGUAGUUGUGCUCGCGUUGGAUUUUAGUGUCAGAGCGACAGAGAAUCGACGAAGAUGGUCUCAGUAUAAAGGAGUUCUCUCUGUGGCUAGCCAGUGUUUCUCCUGAGUCGGAGAGGAGGCUACAAAGCAUUCUGACAACGGCAUCGUAUACUCACUGCAGGUCAAACAUCAUGUCUGACCUCUUGCCUGGUGAGGAGCCAAGCUGACAUGUGCAUUUAAGUUUGUGUGGCAGUAGAGGCAUGUGGAAAAACUGGACCAAACUCCGCAAAGUGGCUAUAGGUAUUCUCAUGAAAAUACGAUGAUGAUAUGAGGAGAAAGUCCAGAGAUGACUGAUGUGGAGCCUGUAGUUACUGACUUCGCCGCCACAGGACGGACCGGCCGGCGGAACGCCAUGCCGGAUAUAUUAGGUUCCACUGCAGGCCCUGGAGCAGCAGACCUGCCCAACAAGCUAGCCGAGCUUUCUGUCGGAGAUGAAGGGGAGCAGGAAGGAGAGGGUGCAUCUUCAGGUGUCAGGGCCAAAGACUCUGCAGAGGAUGAGGUCAAAGCCGAGGACACAUAAGUUCAGCCUUCACAGUGGUGAACCAGACCAGAGACACUGCGAGCUACCUUGCAUCCAACCCACUUGACCAGACUACUGUUAUUUUACUCUCUGUGCUAUGCAAGGGCAGCACCACCCGUGGAUGAUGCUCUGAUGGAGGCCAGUGGAGAGGAAAACCUUUUCACAGAGUAGUCCCCUGGAAAUGCCCCUGCCCUAAAGUGUCAUCAGAUGGUUCAUUUCCUACUUGUUAGUGGAUCUAAUAUGGCACAUAAAGUCUUAGGAGGCCACCACAGGAAGAGCAUAAUGGUGAACUGAUCUGAGUGUCAUCUAGAAACACAUGGGACAUUUUUUCCAAAUGAAAAGGUGAGCUUUUGAUUUGUUUACAGGUAUUGCCACUGAAUGUUGAUGUGUAGUUGCAAGAAUGUCUCUUUUUUUGCACAACACCACCCCCCAAAUAAAAAACAUUCCAUUCGGUAAUGUAGAAGUACAAUUUUUAGCCUACCUUACAUUUGUUUAGUAAUAUAUUUUGUUUUCUUACUGUAAAAUAUGUUCACAUUGUUCAUAUUUCUGUGAGAAGACGUUCUGGUUGUAAAUAUGGAAUUGUACAUUCUAUUUCCUGACUUCACUGUCUGAUGGUGUUGAAUGUUUUGCUUUGUGGCUGACAUUUUAUUGUUGAUACUGUAAACCUCAUUUCUGGUUGCUGCAGCUAUACUAGAGUAUCUUUGUUCAAGUGCUGUCAAAAUCAAGGCAAAAAAAAAUUUUUAAGAAUGAUUCUGUCAGCAUACAAAUUAUUUUGCUUUCUUUUUCAAGCGCUGUUAAUAUAGACAUCAACUGUGUGAAACUGAAAAAAUGCAAUUUCUUCUGUUAUUAAUCCUUCUUAUUGUCUCGUUAUGAAUCCCCUUUGUUGUAGGCUACAUACAAAAUGACAUUAUACUGUAAAAUAAAUCCUUUGCUUAUUUUU